AUGGCGGCGUUUUGGCACCCUGAGAUUUGCGCCUUCCUUCUUCCAACAGCCCCCAUCGGCCCCACCCUCAUGGAUGUGGCCAUGAUCGUUCAUCUUCCAAUCGUAGGGGAAGACCCUAUAAUGGGUACCCUAGACGGACAAGAGCCCAGAGCAGACCAUCCAGGCUUAUCCAGGGUUAGCACCCGCCUUACAGAAACAGACGGUAAAAAAUUAGACACUGCUGCGUCGGGUCCUUUUUGGUUCCUGGAACUAUGGUUCCGUCUCUAUUUUCCCGAUGUUUUCCAACUCGGUCAUCCGCCUAUUGCCCCCACAUCUGAGAAGUCUCUAGGAAUAGCCCUUAACCGACUUUGCUUAGGUCGCAACAACCUCCAAGCGUCCGACCCUAUCAUAAUUGCCAUCCUUGCCGAUAAUCGUAAUAACACCCAUUUCUACAUACAUAGAAGGUAUAUUGGUUAUGCAUCCGGCCUGUUUUGGCCAUUCCUUGUAUCCUCACCUUUAUCUGAGCCAGACCCACUUCCACAUCCCACUUACUCCUCUUCCUGGGAUGCUGCUCUUAAAGCAUUUUAUACCGUCAACUAUCAGCCUCAAUUUUUGGCACGCCAAUUCGGCUGCCAACAAGGCUUGCCUGGUCCUAUUGCCCAUCCUCAUUUAGUAAUUCAGAGUCCAUAUGGGAAAGUCAUUCCUGAUUUGAUUGACCCAUACAUAUCCCAGCUCACCAAUUACAUAACUUCCAACUCCUAUAUCCCUUUCAAAACUUCUCCAGCUUCAAUUGAAACCUUUCGCGAAUGGUGGUUGGUCAUUUGGGCCUUAAUCACUCUUGACAAAGAUCGCCUGUUGGGCAUUCUUCUGCCCCAGCUUGCAGUGGUGUUGGGGGCGACCCCAUUGACCAAUACCCGAAGGAAAUUAAUCGUCCAGGGCACCGGAUCGGGCACUCCGCAGAGGAAAAAAAAAGCUCUUCAGACUCAAGUUGUUCCCCUCUCUGGAGGCCAUCAACCGACCUUGACAGACUGCCCAUCAGGUCGGGCACCUGUAAAGACCCGACCUCGUCCAGGUCCGACUUCGGCCAGAGCGUCCGCCCAAACUAUUCCAAUUCCAAAUAAAUCAAUAAAGCCACCAACCGACCAACUCCACGAACUGGAACCCCCGACCAAACGAUGGACCCCAGUGAGAGCAUCUUCACCGGCCGAACCAGCAACAACAAGGGUCUCAUCCCGCAGUGAGGCGACUGCUUCAGAGAUGGGUAGAUUACCUUAUGUCGCUUCAGACCCAUCUCUGCCUAAUAUGGCGCCCAUAGCGACGCUUGCAUCCACUUCUACUGUGAUUGCCUCUGAUGUGGUCGCUUCUAAAUACAAAGAUAUCUCUGAUGCGGCCCUUCAAAUCGAUCCUGACGAACCAGCCGCGGCCGCCCCAGACGCACCCGACCAAGGAGCAGCCAACGAGAGGGCAGCCAUCUUGGGGGUAGCCGACCUGGGAGCAGACCUAGGGGUAGCCGACCUGGGAGCAGUGAACCCAAGGGCAGCAGACCCCCUUCCAGAAGCAGACAGACUGGAAGGAGAACCUGUACCUGCUCAACCAAGGGGACUCUUACAAGAAUUACAAGAGAUCCCCUCCUCUGAUUCAAAGACCUCUGUUAAUCUGGGGCCCAGAUCCAUACCACAACGUCCACUUGAAGCAGCCGACGAGUCGGCCAUCGUAGUACCAGCCGCCCAGCCUUCCAGACAUAUGGCUAUUCUGGCACCUUCAGUGACCACCAUUCGUCCAGAGCAACUGUCUGACUCUGGAGAUGCUGCCAUUCAAAAUUUGCAUACGUUCUUCAGAGCUAUGCAUAAAAAGAUCUCCGAGGCUGACAUUGAAGAAGAGAUUGAAGCAAACUACAGAGGAUCUGAUGGAUGUAGUGCUUGAAUUGAGCUAUAUAUGAAAAAUGCAACUACAAUAUGAACAGGAUAUCAUAAUACGGAGUUACUGGUGCAGAUAUAUUCGGACAAGGUGGCAUGGCAUGUCUGCACCUUUUAACUAACCAAAUUUUGGAAUUGUUAUAUGCAUGCCAUUGCCAAGGGUGAGUUUUUGGCCUUUUCACCUGAUACAAGUGAAGUGAGACCGGGAUGAUGAUGAUGAUGAUGAUAAAUUCAAUGUGUUUCUCUCUGUCCAUGAAAUCUCCUCUGUUGUUGAAGGUAUGUAGUAAUUAAUAAUUUAUGCAUAUGUCCCUCUCCGCAUCUACGACUUCUUUGGUUUCAAAUAUGUGGUUUUUUAUUGUUAAACUACAAUCUAUUACUUGGUGAUUUUUUCGAGUUAUUGCUUCAAUGCUUACUUUCGGUUGCUCCUGUUGGCGGUGUGGUGCCACUAUAUUAUUGUCAGUAGGUGUUAGUUUGACUAAAAAAUGUAGAUGC